UACUUUUCCUUCGUGGUCUCUUCUUUUGCAGAGCUCCGCAAAUUCAGAAAUGGAGUCAUCACCAAAACCAAACCCUGUCUUCUCCUUCUCAUCCGUCCUCCAUCACCACUGCCUCCGCCUUGGCUCCGACCUCUCCGCCCGAUUCGAAGAUACGAAACGCCUCGCCGGAACCCUAGCAGCUGCCGCUGGCCGCCGCUUCUCGCCUCUGCCGCCCCCGUUCGCCUCCAUCUCUCAGUCGCAAUCCAAGCCUUCCUCCGCCGCCGCAACAAAUCCAUCGUUGAGUCCGCUUCAGGUGGCUAAAGCUCUGGUUGGGACGUCGGUGUUUACCGUCAGCAACACUAACAACGAGUUCGUGCUUAUUUCUGAUCCCAGCGGCGCCAAGUCUCUCGGUUUGCUCUGUUUCCGACAAGAAGAUGCAGAAGCAUUUCUUGCUCAGGCUCGUUUGCGGAGAAGAGAAUUGAAAUCCAACUCUAAGGUUGUUCCCAUUAGUCUGGAUCAGGUGUACUUGUUGAAAGUUGAGGGAAUUUCCUUUCGCUUUUUGCCAGAUCCAAUCCAGAUAAAAAAUGCAUUGGAGCUAAAAUCUUCUGGUAACAAGAAUGGAUUCGACGGAGUUCCAGUUUUUCAGUCUGAUCUUCUGGUCGUAAGGAAGAGAAAUAAGCGUUACUGUCCCGUAUAUUUCAGCAAGGAAGAUAUAGAGAGAGAACUUUCAAAGUAUUCAAAAGCAUCAAGAGCAGACAAGCAAAUUAUGGUUGGAAGUUUGGAAGAUGUACUCAGGAAAAUGGAGACGAGCGAGAGGAAUUCAGGAUGGGAUGAUCUAAUAUUCAUUCCACCCGGUAGGAGUUACGCCCAACACAUCCAAGAGGUGGCUAAAGAGUAGAGAUUAUCGGUUCAUUACUCUUACACCCACAUGAAGGGCUCAAAGUAGUAGUGGGAAAAGUUGUUUUCGGCUUCCGUCCUCACGGUAGAACAGGGGACUAUUUCG